UUGAUAUUAUGUUAUCCAUUUAUUUUUUUAUAAUAAUAAUAUCCUUGAAUUAUUUGGAUUAACCAUCAAAACAAAUCGAUUGAAAAAGUUGGUCGAAGUGAAACUAAAAAUUGAAACCAUUGUAUUUCAUUCAUCUGGUUUCAACAAGAUCAAAGGGUUUUUUAAUGGCGGACUUCUCUCUUCCUCACGGUUCUUUCUUCGUAGGAUUUGACAGUUCUACUCAGUCACUAAAGGCCACAGUAUUGGAUUCCAACUUAAAUGUUGUUGCAGCUGAGCUGGUUCAUUUCGAUUCAGAGUUGCCUCAUUAUAAAACCAAAGAUGGAGUUUACCGUGAUUCUAAUGUUAAUGGCCGGAUUGUUUCACCCACCUUGAUGUGGGUUGAAGCUCUUGAUAUGAUGCUUCUAAAGUUGUCGGAAAUUAUAGAUUUUAGCAAGGUUGCUGCAAUAUCUGGAAGUGGACAGCAACAUGGUAGUGUGUAUUGGAAGAGUGGGAGUUCAUCAAUAUUGUCAUCUUUGGAUCACAAUAAGAAGUUGGUAGAUCAACUUUUAGAAGCUUUCUCUAUUAUAGAAUCCCCAAUUUGGAUGGAUAGCAGUACAACUGAACAGUGCAAAAAGAUAGAGGAGGCUGUGGGAGGGGCACUAGAAUUAUCUCGUCUUACUGGUUCUCGAGCCCAUGAACGGUAUACAGGCCCCCAAAUUCGGAGAAUUUAUGAAACUCAACCUGAAGUAUAUGAACAAACUGAGAGGAUAUCACUUGUCAGCUCUUUUAUGGCAUCUAUUCUUAUAGGAAGCUAUGCAUGUAUUGAUGAAACAGAUGGUGCUGGAAUGAACUUAUUGGAUAUCAAGCAAAGGACAUGGUCUAAGGAAGCUUUAGAUGCUACUGCACCUGGUUUGGAGGAAAAGCUUGGAGAGCUUGCUCCUGCAUAUGCUGUUGCUGGUUUUAUUGCUCCAUAUUUUGUGGAGAGGUAUCACUUCAACAAGAAUUGCUUGGUUAUUCAGUGGUCUGGAGACAAUCCAAAUAGCCUGGCAGGAUUGACCCUCAACACUCCUGGCGAUCUUGCAAUCAGUCUGGGAACAAGUGACACUGUAUUUGGCAUAACGGAUGAGCCACAACCUCGAUUAGAAGGUCAUAUUUUCCCUAAUCCUGUCAAUGCAAAUGGUUUUAUGGUAAUGCUCUGUUACAAGAAUGGAUCGUUGACUCGUGAAGACAUUCGUAAUCAGUGUGCAGAGAGAUCAUGGGAUACGUUCAACCAAUAUUUGCAGCAAACACCUCCACUUAAUGGUGGGAAGCUUGGUUUCUACUACAAAGAGCAUGAAAUCCUUCCCCCCUUACCUGCUGGUUUCCACCGGUAUAUACUCAAAAAUUUUACGGGGGAUGUUAUUGAUGAUGUGGUUGAAGAAGAAAUCAAUGCGUUUGAUGCUCCUUCUGAGGUCAGAGCUUUGAUUGAAGGCCAAUUUCUCUCAAUGCGAGCGCAUAUUGAGAGAUUUGGGAUGCCUUUCCCUCCAAGAAGGUUAAUAGCUACUGGUGGAGCAUCUGCCAAUCAGAGUAUUCUUGGCUCUUUAGCUUCCAUAUUUGGUUGUGAUAUUUACACAGUUGAAAGGCCAGACUCGGCCUCAUUAGGUGCUGCAUUGAGGGCUGCUCAUAGUUGGCUGUGUAAUGCAAAGAGCAGUUUUGUCCCGUUUGAGUGUAUGUACGCGGACAAGUUGGAUAAAACAUCAUUAAACUGUAAACUUUCUGUUAAGGCCGGAGACCCGGUUGUGGUUUCAAAGUACGCAACUAUGAUGAAGAAAAGGAUGGAGAUUGAGAACCGCCUCGUCGAAAAGCUUGGUCGCGGAUAAAAUUGGAUUGCACUCGGAUAUAUACUAUACUCAGCACAUUAACGUUUCAUUUAUGACGUCCGAUGAAAAAUUUAAAAAUAUACUCUGAUAUGAACAGUGUCUUUAUGAUAAUUACUAGUAUAUAUACCUGUGUCACACACUGCAUACACAUGUAUACUGUGUAGAUAAAUACCAAUUUAAUUUCUUAAUAAUUGAAAUUUAUAUUAUUGUUGUAAAA